UCAACAAAAAAAAAAAUCUGAUUUAUAUAUAUUGGUAACUACAUAAUUCGGUAUCUCAUUCAUCAUAUCAAUUAGAAAAACUUAAUAGAAAUCUUAUACAAAAAAAUAUCUAAAAUGUCGGAAGAGAAACACCAUCACAGCCUUUUCCACCACCACAAGGAUGGCAAUGACAACAAGCCCGUAGACUAUGCCAAGGAAGAAAAGUCUCACAAACACAAACAACACUUGGCUGAGCUCGGUACCGUCGCCGCUGGUGCUUUUGCUCUUCAUGAGAAGCACAAGGGGAAGAAAGACAUAGAGAAUGCUCAAAAGCACAAAAUAGAGCAAGGAAUAGCGGUGGCUGCGGCCAUAGGGGCGGGUGGAUAUGCCUUCCAUGAGCAUCAUCAGAAGAAGGAAGCCAAGGAAGAUGGAAAGCACCACCGUUAAGCUAGGCGUGAGCGCGCGCGGCUACUUGCUUUUCUCGCGGCUUGGGUUUUCAUGUGUGCUUAAGUGUCGUUUGUGUGUUUGCAUGAUUGUAUGUUACUAGCUAGUGUUAUUUGCAACAUAUUGUACGUGACGACUCUUUUCAUUGAGUGUGUUGUUUGCUCAAUUAAGGAUCACAUCUGUGUUACAAUUAAACACACUAUCUAUCUAUCUAUCUAUCUAUCUAUUUAUCUAUA